AUGAAGGAUUCUGAGACUAUAAAGGAGUACUUAGACAAAUUGCUUGGGAUUGUCAACAAGGUAAGGUUACUUGGCACAGAUUUCUCUGAUUGCAGAAUUGUUGAGAAAAUUCUUGUAACAGUGCCUGAGAGAUAUGAAGCAUCCAUAACCACCUUGGAGAAUACAAAAGAUUUGUCCAAGAUAAUCUUGGCAAAGCUGAUAAAUGCCUUGCAGGCUCAAGAGCAACGCAUGCUUAUGAGGCAGGAUCGUAUUUUUGAAGGAGCCUUGCCAGCCAAGCAUCAAGAGUAUGGCAAGAAGAAAUAUUUCAAGAAAUAUCAACUUUCAAGCAAUGAAAACACUGCCAGCAACAUAAAUCAAAGCAAGGCUGUAAUCUGCAAAAACAAGUUUCAGAUACGAGAAGCAGAUGCUCAAGUUGCUGAUCAAGAUGAUGAAGAUCAGAUGUUUGUGGCAACCUGUUUUUCAACCAGGAGCUCAUCAGAAUGUUGCCUGAUCGACAGUGGUUGUACAAACCAUAUGACAUUUGACAUAACUCUUUUCAAGGACUUGCAGUCGACUGAAAUUUCAAAAGUUCGAAUAGGGAAUGGUGACUACAUUUCAGCAAAAGGAAAAGGAACCAUUGCAAUUGCAACAAACUCAGGUACAAAAACCAUUUCAGAUGUUCUUUAUGUACCUGAUAUUGAUCAAAAUUUGCUGAGUGUGGGUCAGCUAAUAGAAAAGGGAUUCAAAGUGACGUUUGAAGAUCAAUGCUGCCUCAUCUAUGAUGCUGCUGGACAGAAAAUUUUACAAAUCAAAAUGAGAGAAGUAGCUGGAGUCUUUUGGAAGUUCAAGAAAAUGGUGGAAAAUCAAAGUGGCUGCAAAAUACAAAGUAUAAGGUCAGAUAAUGGAAAGGAGUACACAUCAGCAGAAUUUAAUUUGGUUUGUAAAGAAGCUGGGAUUGAACAUCAGCUCACUGCUCCCUACAUUCUAGAACAAAACGGUGUUAGUGAAAGAAGAAACAGAUAUGUAAUGGAGAUGACUAGAUGUAUGUUGCUUGAGAAGGAGUUGCCUAAGGAGUUUUGGGCAGAGGCAGCAAAUACAACAGUCUUUCUUCAAAAUCGACUUCCAGCAAAGUUUUUGGAAGACAAAACACCAUUUGAAGUCAAGCGUGACAAAAUUGACAAGAAAGCAGUUCCAGGUAUAUUUGUGGGAUACAGUUCUGUCUCCAAAGCUUACAAAUGGCAGAAUGAACAAGAAGAUGAACCUCCAAUCAGAGGUACAAAGUUACUUUCAGACAUCUAUCAAAGAUGUAAUGUUGCAAUAUAUGAACCUGCUGGAUAUGAAGAAGCUCUCAAAGACUUCAAAUGGAAGAAAACAAUGGAGGAGGAGAUGUCAAUGAUUCAGAAAAAUAAAACCUGGGAUUUAGUUGACAGACCUGAAGGCAGAAAAGUCAUUGGAGAAAAGUGGAUUUUCAAAACAAAGUUUAAUGCAGACAACUCUAUCAACAAAUACAAGGCCAGACUUGUAGUUAAAGGAUUGGACACAAUUAGAUUGCUACUAGUAAUUGCAGCACAAAAAGGGUGGAAAGUGUUCCAAUUAGAUGUCAAAUCAACAUUUUUAAAUGGUGUAUUACAGGAAGAAAUAUAUGUGAAGCAGCCAGAUGGGUUUGCGAUUCAAGGUGAAGAGGAUAAAGUAUAUCUGCUACAAAAAGCUCUCUACGAGCUUAAGCAAGCUCCUAGAGCUUGGUACAGCAGGAUUGAUGAUCAUUUGCUGAACUUAGGCUUUGUCAAAAGCUUAUCUAAGGCCACUCUUUAUAUCAGACUGAAGGAUGAUGACAUUCUUAUAAUGUCUUUGUAUGUUGAUGAUCUCUUGAUAACAGGAAGUAAUGAACUGCAAAUUGAAGAGUUUAAACAAGAGAUGAUGCGUGUGUUUGAAAUGACCGAUCUUGGUCUUAUGACUUAUUUUCUUGGAAUGGAGGUCAAGCAAAGCAAAAAUGAAGUUUUCAUCUGCCAAAAGAAAUAUGCAAAGGAAAUACUGAAGAAAUUUCAGAUGGAGGAAUGCAAAGCAACCAGCACACCCAUGAAUCAAAAAGAAAAGCUGUGCAAGGAUGACGGUGCUCAUAAAAUUGAUGAGGGUUAUUUCAGAAGCAUAAUUGGUUGCUUAAUGUAUCUUACUACAACAAGGCCUGCCAUUUUGUUUGAUGUAAGUCUCUUAUCUCGUUUUAUGCAUAGAGCUAGUGAAUUACAUUUAAGAGCUGCAAAAAGAAUAUUGAGGUAUGUAAGAGGGACUGUAAGUUUUGGUGUAAAGUAUGAGAAGUGCAAAAGUUUUAAACUGCAUGGAUUCUCAGACAGUGACUGGGCUGUAACUAUUGAAGAUAUGAAGAGCACUUCUGGGUAUUGCUUUACCCUUGGCUCAUGA